AUGAGCAAAGCCUUUUUCGAUAAUGGAAUUGUUUCCAGCAUUACCACAACUCUCAACGACAAAAACAUCACUGCUUUCUUGAAUGAUCCAGCCCAUGCUAAAACACGUUCAGUUGCCCUUGUUUCACUUUUCACUGUUAUUACUGCUUAUGCGAUUUCUCGUCCUCGAUCGCAUUCGAAAAAGCAAGAAGCGCCGUUGGUGCCUUAUACAUUCCCUAUGAUAGGAUCUUCAAGAGAGUACCGCAAAGAUCCAAAAGCUUUCAUUGAGAAGUGGUCAUCGACACUAGGGCCUAUGUUUCGGGCUCAUCUCUUUGGAAGGGUACAUACAGUGAUAUCUGCAGAAUACGUACGCUGUAUUCGCAAGGAUGAUUUCAAUUUUGAGCAAGCAAGGAAAAAGACUUUUGAUCUUUGGUUAUUGCUUGAUGCACCAUCAGGUGGAAGUUAUGUCGUAGAAAAGAUACACCGUACGAUUCUCAAGUUUACCAAUGCGAAGAUGGUGGCCAACACACCAAGCAUUGUGGAACAAUUGAUCGCUGCAGAAUAUGAUCUAAUUGGGGAUGCCCAAAAGCCAUUGGAACUGGACAAUCUACGCCCUUUUAUCGAGCACCUAGUGGCCAUUUCCAGUAUAACCAAUUUUGUGGGUCCAGGGUUUACCAAGGAUGAGGACCUUGUCGAAACCUACAAGCAUCUCGCUCGUGAUAUCGCCAUAGAGCUAGGUGAUGGUAACAUGCUGCUUGAAACAUUCCCAUCGAUUUCUCGUUUGCGAAUGUGGUACCUUGGCAAAUAUGGAAACGCUGUCCGUAAGCAUAGAACAAAUCUAAUUCGACUGAUCGCACCUAUUGUGGAUGAGAGAUUGGCAGCCGCUGAAAAUGGAAAAGAGGACCAGGGUGAUUUUAUUCAGUGUAUCAUUGAAGAGGCCAAAAUCACCUCGGCCGACCCUGAAAGAUACAUGCUGGUUGCAAAAUGGCUGUUGGCGGUAGUAGUUGUGGGGAAUCAAUCAACUAGGGAUAAUGUAACUGUUAUUCUUUAUCGCAUCUUGCAACAUUCAGAAGUGAUUGAUGAGCUGCUGGAAGAGCAGAAGCAAGUAUUGGAGAAGCACCAUGGUGCCGGCAUUGAUGAUACCGAAGAUUUGGUCACGUCAUUCACGGGUGAAGUAAUCAAGGACCUUGUCAAGCUUGAUAGUGUGUGUCGUGAAACUAUGCGACUACGCAGCUUUUUUCUUGACUAUCCACAUACUUACAUUGGCAAGUCGCCGUUCACUUUUACAAACGGUUACACCAUUCAACCUGGACAAGAAGUGUUGCUUAAUUUAUGGGGCAACCAUCAAGAUGCAAGCGUGCAGCGUGAUGGUUUGGGUGAUUAUCAUCAAUUUAAACCUUUCCGCUUUGUUGGCAUUGAUCGUCCAUCAACCAAGAUUGGAGAAGAUUUCUUGAUUUUUGGUUUAGGAACCCAUGCAUGCCCUGGACGUUGGUUUGCAAUGCAUCAAGCGAAAAUAAUCCUAUCCAUGCUCCUCCGACGCUAUCAAAUAACCCCACAAGAAACUAUCAUCUUCCACGAAGGCAACCGAAACCAUCUUCCAUCGGGCAAAGUCACCUUUCAAAAGAGACAAUAA